GCAUUACGUCCGGCUUUGCGGCCGCACUGCUUGACGGCAGCGGUGUCCGCCCCCCUGGCCGGCGUUGUCAGGGUAACGGCGAGUGCGUGGGGCCGAAGGAGUUAUGCUUGAGAAAUGGCAGAAGCAGUUUUCCAUGCCCCAAAGAGGAAAAGAAGAGUGUAUGAGAAUUAUGAGUCCCCAUUUCCGAUCCCUUUUGGUCCAAACUGUGGUCCUAAGAAAGACUUCAAAAUAUUCCACGCUGAAAUGGUAAACAACAAUGUAAUUGUAACGAACGCAGAAGAUAUUGAGCAGCUGUACGGGAAAGGUUAUUUUGGAAAAGGUAUCCUGUCUAGAAGCCGUCCAAACUUUACAAUCUCAGAUCCUAAGCUGGUUGCUAAAUGGAAAGAUCUGAAGACAGACAUGCCUAUCAUCACGUCAAAGAAGUAUCAGCGUAGUGUAGAGUGGGCCACAAAGCUCAUGCGAAGACAGGGGCAGGAUGAGAAUACAGUGCAUAGAAUCCUCGAGGAGUACACAAAACCACUUGAGCACCCUUAUGUAAAAAAGAACGUAGAGAUUCAGUUGCAUGACGAGCUGAACUCUGAAAUGGUUUCCAAGAUGGAAGGCACAGGGGAUAGAGAGAAUCUUUCUGUGAUGAACGGGGACUUGGGAAAGUCAGAAGGUUUGGAGGAUCCCAGCAAGCAGUCAGACCUCCUGCAGGACUCUGGGCAGGACCCACGAACUGCAAAUGACCCGGAUGAACAUGUGGUAGAGGUCGCGGCACCUCUCCCCCAAGGGCAUCGCGGCAAACAGGAUGUUCUCCUCCCUCAGUGUGGCGCUCAGCCUGAGGACAGCAGUCGACAAGUGGGUCUCAUCUGUGCCAGGGAGAGAGGGCCUGAUGAUGAGUACGUUCUGGUGGAAGAAGCUAUGUGUGAUGUGAGCGAGAGGGAAGAUGCCCCAAAUGAGGAAUUGGCACAAAAAAAGAAACUAAUAUGCAGAAGAAAUCCAUAUAGGAUCUUUGAGUAUUUGCAACUCAGCCUAGAAGAGGCUUUCUUCCUGGUCUAUGCUCUGGGAUGUCUAAGUAUUUACUAUAAGAAGGAGCCUUUAACGAUUGUGAAACUCUGGAAAGUUUUCACCAUAGUUCAGCCCACAUUCAGGACUGUGUACAUGGCGUACCAUUACUUCCGAAGCAAGGGCUGGGUGCCCAAAGUAGGGCUUAAGUAUGGAACAGAUUUACUGCUGUAUCGAAAAGGUCCUCCAUUUUACCAUGCAAGUUACUCUGUCAUUGUUGAGUUAGUCGAUGACCGUUUUGAGGGCUCUCUUAGAAGACCUUUCAGCUGGAGGUCGCUGGCUGCUUUGAGCAGAGUUUCAGUGAAUGUCUCCAAGGAACUUAUGCUGUGCUAUUUGAUUAAACCCUCUACCAUGACUGACAAAGAAAUGGAGUCACCAGAAUGUAUGAAAAGAAUUAAAGUCCAGGAGGUGAUUCUAAGCCGUUGGGUUUCUUCACGAGAGAGGAGUGAUCAAGACGAACUUUAACAAUUCAGCCUCAGAUUUCUGAUUUCACCAACAAAUACUUAGUCUCCUACAGGAAGCCAAGUUCAGGGCGAGGUAGUAAAGAGUCCAUUUAUUGUAAUUGUCCAUUAAUUUAAAAGUUUCAAGGGCAUGGUGCUCUCAACCCCAGAAAACUGUUAGUGUUUUAAGAUAAAAUUAUACAGGGAAGAAAAAGAGCCCUGUGCCAGGAUUUGAGAUCCUGUCCUUGAAUCCAUCACUGACUGACCGACCCUGAGCUCCUCGCCUCUAGGCCUCCGUCUGUGUCGUCAUCCGGUCAGUGAGAAGGGUGGACUACGUGAGUCCCAAGAAGACUCCUCCGGCAACAGGGAAAUUCUGUUGUUACUGAUUUUGCCAGAAAAUGGUAACAGUUCAUGUUUAUGUGGCACUCUGCAGUUUCCAGAGCACAGGGAUCUCUUGUUACCCAUAUCCGAUCUGUUCCUGAAAGUGCUGGAGAGCAGAUUGGGGGAUUGCGGGACGCUGUGUUCCAUUAUUUUAAAUGGAAAAAAUAAAGUGUCUCAGCUUAUUCCAAGAACUUCAACCAAUUACUCCAACCCAUAAAAAUCCAUUUAAUAUUUUAACAAGGAUUUCUGUAUCAUAGAAAACAUUUAAAACAUCAGUUACCAAA